UUUAAACCGAGGAGGCGGGUCUACGAAGGGGGAAUUGUUCGUUGUGUACGUGUGGCUGUUCUGGCUCUGCAGUCACCUUGUCGUCGGACCACACUGCGAUUUGCUCGGGGUGACUGAAAUAGGUGCUCACUGGGGGUGAAAAUGGCGAAAAUAACGACGGUGAAGACCAAGCCGUACACGGACCAGAAGCCGGGCACAAGUGGCCUGAGAAAGAGGGUGACGGUGUUUCAGCAGAACCAGCACUAUGCGGAAAACUUCAUCCAGAGCAUUAUCUCAGUCAUCGAGCCUGCCGAGCGUCAGACGGCGACUCUGGUGGUGGGAGGAGAUGGGAGGUUUUUCAUGAAAGAUGCGAUUCAGUUGAUCGUUCAGAUUGCUGCUGCUAACGGGGUUAGUCAUUUGUGUGUGCAAUAAUUCGGGCAGAAUGGCAUCAUGUCCACCCCAGCAGUCUCCUGUGUGAUCCGCAAGAUAAAAGCAGUUGGUGGCAUUAUCCUAACAGCCAGCCACAACCCAGGGGGCCCUAAUGGAGAUUUUGGCAUCAAGUACAACAUCUCAAGUGGAGGCCCUGCUCCUGAGGGCAUCACAAACAAAAUAUUUGAAAUCAGCAAAGGUCUGCAGGAGUAUCACAUCUGCCCAGAGCUGAAAGUGGAUCUGUCCAAAAUCGGCAAGCAGACCUUUGACGUGGACACUUUCAAGCCCUUCACAGUGGAGAUUGUUGACUCUGUGGAUGCCUAUGCUGAGAUGCUAAGGGGCAUCUUUGACUUUGCUGCACUGAAGGAGCUUCUCUCUGGAGCCAAUCACAUUAAUGUGCGCCUGGAUGCUAUGCAUGGAGUGGUUGGUCCUUAUGUGAAAAAGAUAGUCUGUGAAGAGUUGGGUUCUCCUGCCAAUUCAGCAGUCAACUGUGUCCCGCAGGAGGACUUCGGAGGCCACCACCCUGACCCCAACUUGACCUACGCUGCUGACUUGGUCAAAACCAUGAAAGGAGGAGAAUACGACUUUGGAGCCGCCUUUGACGCAGAUGGCGUAAGUUGACUUAUCUUUCAAGGAGGGUGAUUUUCUAACACCUGGUGGGCUGUCAUUGCUGCCAACGUUACCAGCAUCCCUUACUUCCAGAAGACUGGAGUCAAAGGACUGGCUCGCAGUAUGCCCACCAGUGGAGCCCUGGACAAUGUGGCGAAAGCUCUGAAGAUGCCGUUAUACGAGUCUCCAACUGGCUGGAAGUUCUUUGGGAAUCUUAUGGAUGCUGGCAAACUCUCACUGUGUGGAGAGGAGAGCUUUGGCACUGGCUCAGAUCAUAUCCGUGAGAAGGAUGGCCUCUGGGCAGUGCUUGCAUGGUUGUCAAUCUUAGCCACCAGGAAACAAAGUGUGGAAGAGAUCAUGAAGGACCACUGGCAGAAGUUUGGCAGGAACUUCUUCACCAGGUAUGACUAUGAGGAGGUCGACUCCGACGCUGCCAACAAGAUGAUCAAGGAUCUGGAAACAGUAAUGUUUGACGCAUCCUUCAUAGGAAAGAAGUUCUCAUCCGGUGAUAAGACUUACAAGGUGACUGUCGCUGACAACUUUGCUUACACAGACCCUGUGGACGAAAGUGUGUCCAAAAACCAGGGCCUCAGGAUCAUCUUCUCUGAUUGUUCUAGGAUUAUUUUCCGUCUCAGCGGUACAGGCAGUGCAGGAGCAACCAUCAGGCUCUACAUAGACAGCUACGAGAAGGACCCCCAGAAAAUUGAUCAGGACCCACAGGUGAUGCUGGCUCCUCUGGUUGACAUCGCCCUGAAGGUCUCUCACCUUCAUGAGAAGACUGGGCGCACCGGCCCCACUGUGAUCACAUGAUUUCUCUUCCACACUGCCUCACCCCGAGCAACAGGAUACCCCUGCUCUCCUGGGGUGAAGCUGCCCUUUAAUGCUGUCUUGGCUUUAGUUCCUGACCCUCUUAAAAACGGAGCUGGAUGAAAAACUUAAACUCAGCAUCCAGGUUCAGUAUCAGAAAAUACAUGAGGUGCUUGUCUUACACUGAACAUUAUCCACUGCUGUCUUCUAGUGUUAGACUAAUAUGCUGGUUUUUAGUGCUGUAGGUUUUUUUUAUCACUGGAGUAAAUCUGUCUGAGGGGUCAGAUCAUUUAUUUUCACAAUUUUCAAGUAACCUGCUUGAUAUAUGACUUUAUCAUGUGUUCAGGCAAAUUCAUAAAAGAAAGACAAAUGUCACUGCAGCAAUUUAAGAAAAACUAAAUUUAAAGACUCAAAAGUGGACUGAAAGGCCCCUAAACCACCUCAUGUAAUUUCUGUUUAGCUGUGUUACUUCCAUGCUGCCCAUAAAUCAGCUAUUUGGGGCAACCUCACCCCCCUCCCGCCAAUUUUCCCUUACUGACCUUCCUUUCCCUCUUUUCUCCCAAAUCCCCAAAACAACUUCUCAGUCUGAAACAUGAACUUCAACUUAAGCCUAGAGAACUAUCACACCCACUAUUAAUAAAAGAACCUUACAUAAAAGA